AUUGACCGAACUUCUCCUACAGAACUCAAUGUGAUUGAAGAUGACGUUAUAUAUUCAAAGCAGGAAAUUAAUGAUAUAUUGGCUGUCCUUGAAGAAGGAAACAGAAUAUCAGGAGGAUUGAAAAAUAUCGUGACGGCAUAUGGCAUUGUGGGAUUUAUCCGCUUUACAGAAGGAUAUUACAUUUCACUGAUUACCAAAAGGAGCGCGGUUGCCUUAAUUGGCGGUCAUUACAUAUAUCAUAUUGAUGAAACUCUUCUUCGAUCAAUUGGACCACAAAGUAAGCCCGAGAAGAAUUCGGAUGAAUAUAAAUACAUCAACAUAUUUAACAAUGUUGACUUAACAAAGAAUUUUUACUUUAGUUACACUUAUGAUAUUACUCACACGCUUCAAUACAAUAUGACCCGACCGCCAAAUCGUAGAAAUUUUUCGUACAAUGAAAUGUUUGUAUGGAAUCACUAUUUGUUGGAAACGGGCUUUCGAAGUUUGAAAAACAAUUCCGAUUGGAUUUUGCCGAUUAUCCAUGGCUUUGUAGAUCAGUCAAAAAUAUCUAUUUUUGGAAGGAACAUUUUUGUCACGCUGAUUGCACGAAGAUCUCGUUAUUUUGCAGGCGCACGUUUUUUAAAACGCGGUGUCAAUGAUCAAGGUUAUGUGGCCAAUGAUGUGGAAACAGAACAGAUAGUAUCUGAGAUGAGCACGACAUCAUUUCAUUCUGGAACGCGGCUUUACGACAAUCCUCACUAUACAUCAUAUGUACAACAUCGAGGGUCGAUUCCUCUUUUUUGGUCACAAGAUACUAACAUGUCUCCAAAGCCUCCUAUAAUAAUUAACUUUCGAGACCCAUUUUAUGCCGCUGCUGCAUUACAUUAUGAUAAUAUGUUCAAACGUUAUGGCGCGCCUAUUAUUGUGUUGAACUUGAUUAAGACAAAAGAAAAGAAUCCUCGAGAAUCUAUAUUAGGCGAUGAGUUUGCGGAAGCCAUGAAAUACCUGAUGCAAUUCCUACCUGAAAAGUGUCUUAAAUACCAAGCUUGGGACAUGUCUAAAGCCAGGAAAAGUGAUGUUGAUGUUAUGGAACUAAUGGAAGGGUUUGCCGAAGAAUACUUGGUCGCCACUGGUUUUUUUCACAGUGGACCUGAAGCUUACAUUAACAUCUUAAAAAGAGAAGAAAAUCAAGGAAAACCUCAAACUCGCCGUAUGUCGCUCCGUCAGAACGGUGUGGUCAGGACGAAUUGCAUUGAUUGUUUAGAUCGUACUAAUGCAGCUCAGUUGAUGAUUGGAAAGUGUGCACUGGGUCACCAGCUCUAUGCAUUGGGCAUUAUCGAUAAACCACGGGUAGAUGUAGAUUCUGACGUGGUCAACAUGUUAACGGAUAUGUAUCACGACCAUGGUGACACCAUUGCAUUCCAAUAUGGCGGUUCAAAUUUGGUAAACACCAUUGAUUCUUAUCGUAAAAUCAAUCAAUGGAAUAGUCAUUCCAGAGAUUUGAUAGAGAAUUUGAGAAGAUAUUACAAUAAUGCAUUUGCAGAUGCCGAUAAACAGGAUGCGAUCAAUCUUUUCCUUGGUAAUUUUGUGCCGCAGAAAGAUCAAUCAAAUUUAUGGGACCUACCAAGUGAUUACUUUUUGCAUAACGAAGAUCCUCGUUUCAAAAGGCCACGAAGGAGUUAUAUUAAUUGGUGGACUAAAGAUGCACUCUCACCAAGGGAAGAUCAAGAACAAGAUAGCGCCCGCUAUAGGCUUGUGCCACGUUUGGCUCGCCAGUUUGAUGAUGAAUGCGACCCUUUUUCAGGAUAUUGGAUUGAAUAUUAUCGACCCAGACUCUUCACCUCAUUUGAGUAUUUGUUUGCAUUUAACAUGAACAGUACCACCAAAUAUAUUCCUACAGGUGCGGAGCUUGAAACAUACGAUUAUAGCCCGUUCACCGUUCGAGUCCCACAAGCUACUCGGUACUAUCUGUUAAUGAAUAUUGGUGGUGUUAAGAAAUGGGUUGUGCCGAACAAACCAAAAGAAGAGUCAAUUACUAUGAAGAGCUUAAACCCAUCGGUUUCUUCCAAUGAGAAAAAAGAAUAUGAACAAUAUAUCACCCAAAAUAAGGAUUUGGUUCUAACAUCUACACCUAUUGGAGAUAAUGAUCCAGCGCUUACGUGUCACUCCGAAUAUCCUUGUUAUGCAGAAUACGUACGCCGAGCAAAUCUACCGAAUCCGAUAACGGACAUAAGAGUGCAGACAAAAGACGAAAUAGUUUAUGAAGAUUGUCUUGAUAUACCUAAGAAAUAUGCAAUGAUGCAAGCCGUAGGUUCAAGUCAACCGGGCGGUGCAAAAAGUCGGUACCAAGCUUAUGAAGUAUGGCUUAAAACCGGAAAACUGAUGAGCAAUAAUAGAUCUUCGGAAUCAAGAUUGAAGACUAGUGACAGGAGCCUAAAGAAUGAAUCGUAUAGAAAGAAAAUUAAGGAGAACCAAAUCAAAGAGUGA